CCAGAAGAAGGCUCCUCGACUCGAUUUGUGGUAUUUUGGGCCGAUUGCAUUUAUUUCAAUCAUUUGAUUUGUUUAUCCAUGAGCUGCUUUCCUAACGCUAAGUGACUUCUAUCCACUUUUAGGAGCUGCGUCGAGUCUACAAAUGUUUUCCGUUCGUUAUACGCCAGUGACGCAGUCAGGACGUAGCUCAGAUCGCCCAAUAAAAAGCCUAUGUUCGGUCUCUGGCCCCACGAUGUCGCGGAGCGCCCACCCUCCAGAUCCAGCAAUGGCGGCUCCAGCUCCUCCUCAGCACCCUCUUCUCAAUCACCAACCGCCUUCACGACCAAGUUUCCCAGCGGCGCGCAAGAGGCAUCGGCUGCAAAAAUCCGGGAGUGGUGCACCAGCAACCUCUGUUUGUUCGGCCAAACAUUUUUGUCCGGGCCGGCAGCGUCGUUUUCCGCGAUCAUUUUACAGCCACUCAACUGCAGCAAACAAGAGCUGCAAGCCGCUUUCAAGCACUUCUUCACACAAGCGGCAAAAAGCAUCCAAUUCUGGAUGCAGGAGCAGCCGAACUUGGCCCACCUCUUCGGGUUUUCCUUCCUGGGCCUCUCCGGUUUGUUCUUCUACCUAGCGAGGCGAAAACGCCGAGACGCUUUGGCGUUGGCGAACGAUGAGGAGUUACCCUUCACGCCACUGACAGAUAUCGAACAGAUGCUGCGGGCGGUGAGCGUUUGCCAAGGAGGACAAGAAGAAUCAGCUGCACGAGGACCAGUAGGUGCAAGCACAGCUGCGGGGGUAGUAUCAGCAAAAACAAGUCUUGGACCACAAACAAAAACAUCUUCAACCUCUUCCUCCUCGCCGAUCAUCGUGAAAGUGCGCGGUAAACUCCGCCUACCCCACGGCUUCUCCUACCUUCGGGCGCCGCACACGAACAAGGUCUGCAUCCUGUACGAGUCGGUCUGGACGUUUCCCUUCGCGUGUUUCUGCGGAACGGCGCACCUUCCGCAGCUAGUACCAGCUGGGUUGCGGUCGUGGUCAUUCUCGCCAAUGCAGAGUUCAGCCUAUCGCUUCAAAAGCUCGUUCUCGCUGGCGAAUUUGAGACGGGGUCUAGGCGACAGCUGGCGGAAUGGCUUUGCCCCUCUGCUCAGGACGAGAAGUUGUAGGAGCAGGGCUGCUUCAUCGGGAGUGGAUGAUGCUGCUUCGUCUGCUUCCCAACAGCAGGACGACGCUGGUUACGUCUCUGUCAACAAUUCCAUUGAGGAAUUCUCCCCACUCGAUGACUCCUGCUCCGCGUCAAUAGGGACAGCCGUAGGAACAGCAGGCCACCUUGCGGAAGCUUUUCCACGACCCUCUGAAGGUUCUCGUGCACCGUCUUCCCGAUCAGGAGGACAAACCAGCAAAACAACGACCUGCAAGUCUACUUCGAACAACUCCCAGAAGUCCAGCAGCGGCUCCCUCCUACCGAUUUUCGUCCGCGAGAGGGCGUGUUUGAAAUUUCAAGACGACACCACCACUUUUGGUCCCUUCGGCGCUGCAUGCGAGUUGGUGCCGUGUGAAGGUGGUAGAGAACAAGGGGCAGAAGAGUUUGGUACCCCUGAGGAUAGCACUUGUUCUACUACACUUGGAACACCAGGAGGUGGGCACCAGCAACAACAUUUUCAUCAACCAACCAAAAUCCUAAUCCACCAUUCCAUGCUGGACCGGUUCAGUAGUCUCCGUUUGGACAGCGUCAAGCCGAGUUUUGCCUCCUACAAGGACAUAUCAAAUGUAAAAAUGUCUGGUUCUGGAAGAAUGCAACUUGUGAUGCUGCAUUUGGAUUCCAAAAAAAUCUGUAUUGCAUGACUACCAAAGGAAAUGCAAUUUUUGCUACGCUGAGAAGGCAUUUGUCAUGCGAAAUACGCAUCAGGAAGCCCUCAAAAAAUCUGUAUUGCUCGGGUAUGCAUCACAGACAUCAUGGCUCAUGCAAAACGUGCAUGACAAGUGUCAGAACCUUCCAGACCCAGACAUUUUUACAGUUGAUAGGACACUUUCCUCCAGCACCAAGCGUCUGUGCAAGCGAGCGACCGGAACCUCGCGCGCCAGGCGUCGAAGUCGAAGAUUCGGGUGGCAGCAAGGAAGUUUUUCAAAAACCUCUUCCCGUUGGUCUAUGACAACUGGAAGUAUUUCACCGUGCAGCUGCCUAUGGAUUGCAAAUGUCUGUGUCUGGAAACAUGGCACUUGUAAUGCUGGCCCUACAUUCCUGUAAAAUCUGUAUUGCAUGACUGGCAAAAGACGCCCUCUUUUGUCAUACAGAAGCGCAGGCUCUCAUGCGGACUGCGCAUGACAAAGUGUUCGUCAAACUUGUCAAGCUUGGCUGCAUUGGGAAGUAUUUCAGUCAUCCACUGUUCAGCAUCACAACCUUCCAGACCCAGGCAUAUUUGCACUUGAUACUGCCGUUUGACCUGCAACUGAAGUCCGAGAGGAUCUUGAAGCCCGACUCCGAAGUGGUCGUGAUGGCGGAAGCAAGGUUUUUGAGCACGACAGUGGAUGAAAUUUUCGAUAGUCGUGGCAAAACUAGAACAUCGUCAGCAAGAACAGCACCGCGACCUGCCUCAUCUUCCGCACCAGCAUCAAACUCGUCGUCCUCACCGAAGUCCAGUACGACUAUGAUUCUCCUCACCCCCCCAUCGUCAAACAGUGCGAUGCAUGCGGUGACGUCUCUUCUGACGAACCUCCCCGCGAAGGAGCUAGCGGAGGUGUGGAAGAGCCUGUCUCUGAAGUAUUUAGCGCUCGGUGUCGCGAAUUACGUUUUCGGGUUUUCCAUUCUUGCAACGAGACACCUGUCGCUGUACGGCCAGUCCAAGUGGCUGGACAUUGUGAAGUGGCUGCUUUGUCAAUCUUCCGCGGCCGGGUUUCUCAUUUACUGGCUCCGGGAGGAGGAGUUGCGGAGGCAGGAACACAAAUUUUCGCUGUUCCGGGCGGCAUUCGGCGGAGGGAGCAAGAGUAGUGCGAGUAACCGGUCUGCUGGUGCAUCGAACCCGAACCUGGCUGGACUAGAAGUGGGGUUGGGAGAUGAUGAUCAUUUGUCCGCCGGGUUGGUGCCAGGAGAGGGGACAACUCCUGCCGUUGGUAUAAGCAGCCUGCGCCAGUCUUCGACAACAGCAGUGCCAGCCGGAGGAAUUAUGUUGAACAAAAACAGCACCAGUAAAACCAGCACAAGAAGCGCUUUAUCUUCUAGUACAGUGAAUGGCUUCAACGUGAUGUCUUCCUCUGCUCAUUCUUCAAAGACAACAGCUGCAGCAUCAAGCAUAGCAGGAGCUGCAGGAGGUUGUGCAACUUCCACCACAACCCUUCCCAGCCCCUUGACCCCACGAGCUGCUGGCAUUCUGUCUCACCAGCAAGAGCACGGGCUUGACACAGGAGGACCGGACGAUAUGUUCUAUGUCCGGCACAACCACGGGAUGACUACAUCCGCAAACGGUAGUAAUGUUCCCACUUCUUCUACCUGGCACCAACAUCAACACAAGAGCAACUAUCACACGUCGACAUCCUCGUCCUCGGCGCGCCGAAAGUUGAGUAGUUUAUCCACCGUCAGUGAUAAAAACAAUGUAAUCGUGAUCACAAAGGAUACACUCGCCGCGAGCAGUAGGGGUUGUAACAGGUACUUUGAAGAGGAUCAGAGAGAACAGAGUAGAAGCACACACAAAACAAGUAGUAAAACGACGAGCGGCCAGCGCGUCGAUGAGGAUCAAGACCCAGACGACGAUCUGCUUUCCUACGACGACGCUCUGUCUUUGAACGGCGGCGGAGGAGCUGCAACGUCAAAUUCGGUCGGAGCCUCAGCUGCCUUCGAGGACGCGCAAUCGCUGGGGUCCUUGUCUGCGGGCGAGGAUCAGUUUUUUGACGCGAGAUCAACCAGCACGUUGAUGUCGACUGGGAGCGGCCAUGGCGGCCAGCACUUGCACAGUAGCGGCAGAGCACAAGCACCGAGUCUAGGAGUGGCAUCAUCAAGCGUUAGUGCAGCGGCCUCAAGGAAAGAACAAAUACCAGAAGCAGCGGUGCCGGCGUUUUCGUAUCUGCGGUAGUGGCGGUCGCGGUACUAGCGGUUGCAGUACUACAAAACAUGUGCAAGUACUACAGUUGCGGCAGAUAUUUUUCCCUGAGCUGGUGGUCCCCACACUUACACUUGAAGUAAUAAGUAAAUUGAAGAAAAAUAAAGCAUCAACGUACUCGUACAUCUUCAAAAUCUUUCUGACAGUUCUUAUGUGGAGUAAAUGUGAUUACAUAUUUUCCUUCUUCCUGUCGCAAGACUGGCGCUUGGCAGCCACGAUAAACGACUUACAUCCUUGCAGACGAUGUUGACGGCAGAAAAAUGUUGUCGAUCCACAAUUAAAACAAGACGACUUUUGUCCACAGUAAGGAUCAAUGAGCAGUUAAACUCCUUCCUAAAGACUUUCGGUCGACCUUGGUAAGUAGAACUGCCAGCUUGCUUCUUGGAGCGAGAAGAUAAAUCAAGCAAGGCGAUACCAACAUGUCAUGGAUAUUUUAGAAGGGGACCGCAAG